UGUUACCCUUUGUCCUUUUAUAACUAUAGGGUCUGGAAUUAUAGAACAGGAGCACCAUCAUCUCAGACAAACACUGCUACUUUAAAUUGCAGCUCCCUUUCUAGCCUCAUGCAUUUCAAGGAAAUCACUUCUCUUCCAACUACAAGCAGCCAGAAAGAGCAGACAGUAAAACACAGAAAACACAGCUCAGGCACAGGGGGAGGUGGGGGAACAGUCUCUUGGGUAACUGCCAAACUUCACCCUCAUACAGUGGGCUUCAGUAAAACAGUGGGCCUUAAUCACAUUUAUUUCCCUUCAGGUGCACUAAGAUAGGGAAGCUAAAAGCAGAUUCGGGGGAUAUGCCUGCAGCUGCAGAAAGAUGUAUGGGAACAGGAACACAACUCUCCCUCCCACAUAAGCACAACAAAGAAACACAGAAGGAGUCCAAGGCUCUGAUCAACUCUCCCACUGUGAAUCCUUAAACACUCUUAGUCUGUAAAGAGAGUGAGCCUCUGACCUAACUCAUCCAGAAGGCAUCUCUCAGACUCCCAAAAGCCAGGCUGCCAAGGCCACCAAAGUGGCUAUUGACGUAGGCUUCCGCCAUAUUGAUUCAGCAUACUUAUACCAAAAUGAGGAGGAGGUUGGACAGGCCAUUUGGGAGAAGAUUGCUGAUGGUACUGUCAUGAGAGAGGAAAUAUUCUACACCACCAAGCUUUGGGCUACUUUCCUUCGGCCAGAAUUGGUUCGCCCGGCCCUAGAAAGGUCACUGAAGAAACUUGGACUGGACUAUGUAGAUCUCUUCAUUAUUCAUGUACCAUUUGCUAUGAAGCCUGGGGAAGAAUUACUGCCAAAGGAUGCCAGUGGGGAGAUUAUUUUAGAAACUGUGGACCUUUGUGACACUUGGGAGGCCCUGGAGAAGUGCAAAGAAGAAGGUUUAACCAAGUCUAUCGGGGUGUCCAAUUUCAAUCACAAGCUGCUGGAACUCAUCCUCAACAAGCCAGGGCUCAAGUACAAGCCCACCUGCAACCAGGUGGAAUGUCACCCUUACCUCAACCAGAGCAAACUCCUGGAGUUCUGCAAGUCCAAGGACAUUGUCCUAGUUGCCUACAGUGCCCUGGGAUCCCAAAGAGACCCACAGUGGGUGGAUCCCGACUGCCCACAUCUCUUGGAGGAGCCAAUCUUAAAAUCCAUUGCCAAGAAACACAGUCGAAGCCCAGGCCAGGUCGCCCUGCGCUACCAGCUGCAGCGGGGAGUGGUGGUGCUGGCCAAGAGCUUCUCUCAGGAGAGAAUCAAAGAGAACUUCCAGAUUUUUGACUUUGAGUUGACUCCAGAGGACAUGAAAGCCAUUGAUGGCCUCAACAGAAAUCUCCGAUAUGAUAAGUUACAAUUUGCUGCUAAUCACCCUUAUUUUCCAUUUUCUGAAGAAUAUUGACCAUGAGCUAUUGAACAUUACCACCACAAUUUCCUCCUUUUAGGUGACAUAGAGAGGAUUUCUGUAUUUGAUAGAGGAGUAGGAAGUAGGAUCUGUAGUUGCAGGUUGCUUGCCUUUCCUUUCUUUAUUUUAUGAAAUGAAGACUUUAACAAGAUGUUUGUUUUUCCUGAUUAUUAAAGUAAUACCCAUAAAUUUAAAAAAAAAGAAAAAUAAAAAAGAAUACAAAACAAAAAUGACCUGUAAUUCUUUCCUUACAGAAUACUUAUCGUUUGGUGCAUUUUCCUUCAUGAUUUUUCUAAACAAAAUGUCUGAUAUGGUUUGGAUCUGUGUCCCCACCCAAAUAUGUCAAUGAUAAUCCCCAGUAUUGGAGGAGGGAUCUGGUGGGAGGUUAUUGGAUCAUAGGGGCAGUCUUUACCCUUGCUGUUCUGGUGAUAGGGAGUUCUCAUGAAGUCUGGUUGUUUAAAAAUGUGUAGCAUCUCCCCUUCACUCUCUUCCUGCUGCUCUGGCCACGUGAAGACGUGUCUCCUCCCCCUUGCCUUCCAUUGUGACUGUAAGUUUCCUGACACUUACCCAGCCAUGCAUCCUACACAGCCUGCAGAACUGUGAGCCAAUUAAACUUUUAUGAAAGUUACCCAGUCUUAGGUAUUCCUUUAUUGCAGUGUGACAAUGGACUAACACAAUGUUCACUUAUUUACCUA